AUGAAUUCUGAUCAUGAAAACCAGAAAUCACUUAGACAUCCUAGAUUCAAUAUACAGAUAAUGCAAGUACAAAAUUACAUUAUUGAUUAUGAUACCGGAGGAUUUUUGAAGUAUAAACUUUAUGAAAAUUCAAAAUCACGACCGAUUAAAUACGAUUUCCUUCCUCAGCUACCAGAACAGAAACUACGCAGCAGUUUUGACGGCUAUAUGGACUAUUUACUUUACUGUUUCAGUUUAACCGGAAGUCUCGCCAACUUAACAAGAUUCCCAUAUUUAGCAUACUCAUACAAUGGAUGCUCGUUUUUGAUCAAAUUCUUGAUACUGGUCGUGCUGAUCGGCAUUCCUUGGUGUUUCAUGGAAAUCGCCGUUGGACAGUAUUCGGGCAGAGGUCCGACGGCGAUUGGCGACAUGGUGCCCAUCGGCAAAGGUGCGGAAAGUUCGGAAGUCGCACUUUAUCCGAUUUUUCAUUCUUCUCCAUUCCCCAUACAGUCUAGAUGUCUCUUUUACAUGUAUUGGUCGUUACCGGAAUCCGAUCAGCUGCCGUGGAAGCAAUGCUCGUCCGUGAAUAGCUCAUUUUGCAUAAACAAUGACAGGCAUCUGGAAAGUUACGGGUGCAAGUCGGUCGGCCUCGAUUUACAAGUGCCCGCCGAGAAUUUCUAUCAGAAUAAAAUUGUAGAAAUGGACGGAAACAUUCUUUACGACGGAGUCGGUAAAUUCAACUCACCAUUAUUAGCUUGUCUUGUAAUUUCGUGGAUGAUCAACUACCUAUUACUCACUGCAUCCAACGAUUUGAUGAAAUACGUGAAGAUAUUCGGCUCGAUUGCGCCGUUUACUUUGCUAGCGUUCGUGUCGUUCGCCAUAAUGGCCAACAACGAUGCAUGGGGCGGUUUUAAUCUACUUUUUGACACGAGUACGAUCAACUUUCUAGAUCUUCAGUCGUGGCGGAGGGCCGCGGAACAAGUGCUGUACUCGUUGGAUGUCGGCACAGGGCACUUGAUCAUUUACGGAGCAAACCGCAGUUUUCACAACAACAUAUUAGGCGGAGUGCUGCUGGUAACUUUGCUGGACACUAUUUGCGCCGUGGCCGCCACUAUUGUCGUAUUCGGUACGGCCAAUAUCGUAUCUUGUAAAUAUCACAUUCAGUUCGACAUGGUGUUUAAAUCCGGUCCUGGUAUGUUUUUCGUCUGCAUCUCACGUGUCCUCGCAGAUUUACCCUUACCGAGGGUGAUGAGUUUUGUGUCAUUUUUAACUUUGUUUGUCAUCUGCAUACUUACACAGGGAGGUGAAAUGAUUAUAUCAAUUUUGGACGACAUAGGAUCUGCCAUGGGAAUACUCAUGAUCACAACUUUUGAAGCUAUAUUGAUAUUCGGCGUUUAUGGUGUAAGCGAAUUUUGCGUCGACCUGGCGUUUAUGUCGAAUAAGCCACCUUCUAUCAUACUGAAAUUACUGUUCAUCGGAGGCCCGGUGUUUACGAUCAAUUUUUUUGGAUCAUUCGAACCCACUGAUCGAUGGGUGCCUGACCUAAAUGAUUCAUUGAUUGAUAAUAAACUGAAUGAAAUGACAUUUGAAGAAGAAGACAUGAUUCAUGACAAUUCUAACCAGUUAGUAUUUGGGAUUGGAAAACCUAAAAUGUGCAUGAAAAUAGAUAAAGCAACACAGACAGACGAAACAAAUAAUCAACAAUUAGAACACAUUGGAAUAUCAAAUGAAAUAUUAGAACACUUUUAUUUAGAAGUAUUGAAAACCACUAAUACACCGUUUGAGAUUGAAAGGAGACAUAAUGAAACCGAAGUACUCGCUUGGAACCACAUAAAAUGCUCGGAAUAUUAUGUCGACAUAGGACUAAUGGAAAAAUAUUGUCAAACUGACUAG